GAGGAAGAUGAAGCGAUCAUUCUGCGAGGAUACAAAUCCGAAUCAUAUAUCAUGCGGAUCUACCUCAGAGUUAGAUGCAACCCCUACUAGUUGUAAACGUUUGAUCUCAGCUGCGUCUGAACCUGUCUCCUUCAUUCGCAUCACUUCUUUGGAGGAGCUAGACAAACGGGCAUUGCAACUACAGAAUAAAAAGCUUUGGGAGGCUUUGAUGGAACGUCGUGCUGCCAUUGCUGAGCUGAAAGAACGUAUCGAACAUUUAGAAAACCGUCAAACUAAGGAUGACGCUCUGCUUUGCGUAGUCAAUCGCUACUGGAACCAGGUGACGUUAAUCUCAUUGAUAAUAAACUUACCAAUUUAGUACUCUAUGUAAUAGAUUUCAGUAACUCAAACGGUCUAUGUCGUUUAUUGCUUUGUCAAAUCACAUAGUUGUCUCUUCACCGUUGUUAGUUACGUAAGCAAACAUUUUGCAGGCUAGUUACUUUCAGGUGUAAUAUUAAGUAUCAUUAUGUAGAUAUUCUCAUAUUUCAAAGUUGGCAUUGGGUUACCUAUUGAUAGUAUAUAGCUGUAGCAUUCAAGUUCAACAAGAUAGAAUAUUUAUUGUAAGCGGUUAAUCAUUUUCUCUAGAUUUCAUUUCCUUUAAGUUUCUCCAAGUUUUCGUAUGAUUGUCAAAAUAAAUCUGCGUAAACUAUUUACAGCGUAGUUAGUAUUAACUACUGUUUGUCAUUUGUUGUUAUUUCUCAGUAUCUAGAUGCUCCUUAAGGUUUGCUUGUAAUCGAAUAACAGAAUAAUUCUCUGUAACUUGUCGAAUUCUGAUGAAUAAUUGGAAAAUUAGUCUAUGAAAUAUCAACUAGGUGGCAGGAAAUGUCUUUAUAGGUAUUUAUUUAUUUAUGCUAAUAUUAACAUUUUACUCUCAGGGUUUCCAAUCAUCUGAUCACAUAGUCUUUAUCCACCACACUGUCAUCUCAAAACCUAUUAAGAAGUUUUGGUGCAACUUUCUCUUCCUAAAAUUUUAGAGACGGUUGGGUAUACGCCAUCGUAUAGCUUAUGGGAACUAGCUCCUUAUUUUGAUUCUCUGUGUGUUUGGAUGGGGCAUGCGCGAUCGGCUUAAUCGAAUCCUGCUAUUUCAGUUAACUCCAAGUAUGCCUAAAAGUAUGAAUGAACAAUUUGAAUUUUAAAUAAUUCUUAAUUGCUGCAUAUCUUGUUCUACGUAUGUUUAGUUGCAUACUAACGAAUUUUCUAUUUUGUUGUGAGUUUAACAAGUUAAUGUUAAUUUGAUUUUCUUUUGAAAUAAUAGUUGGACGAAGAUAGCUUGAUAUUGCUGCAACGUUUCGACUCAGAUGCUGCUGAAGAAGAAAUUUCAACGUCCACAGAGUCAUUUCUGAAACAGUUGGCUUCAUGGGACAAAGAAGAAGUUCCUGACAAACUUCAAGAACGAGUGCAUUUCUCCAAGCGAAUUAUUGCCCGUCUCCUCGCCACAUACGAAAAAAUGGUUAUUCAUCAAAAUCGAAUGCGUCAACUACUUGGGAGCUCAGCUGAAGGGAAAUCUGUAGCAUCUGAGACUGAUAACAUACCGACUCAUUCUGGUUCUUCAGUUCCUUUUAACUCAUGCAGUACUGUACCACCUUGUGAAUCUGAUGCCAGUACUCAUUCAACUGCUUCAUCUCAAGGGCCUGUUCCAGUCUGCGAUAAGCUUAGUUUGAAGGAUCUACAAGAGGAAAUCUCACUUUUAAACAAAGAGAAUGGCCGUCUUCAAACUCUUUGUACUAAUUUGCAUGCAAAACAUAGACAGAGCAUUCUUCGACUACGUGAAUUACAAGAUUUAGCUCAAACUAACAGUGACUCUGCAGCAGAAUGGCAAGCUAAAUAUGAGGAUUUAGAUUAUAAACUUGCAGAAGCUAUGAAGCAGGUUACUCGUUUGGAUCAUCGCUUGUAUGAAGCUCAGGAACAAAAUAAAAAGUUGGAGGUGGAAUUAGCAGCUCUUAAAUGUUCAGACUCUCCAGGUCGUGAUGAUCCUUCAAAUAGCGGUGGAUCAGUUACUAAAAACAAGUAUAAUGAUUUAGCUUGUGAACUAGAGGAAUAUCGUGAGCUAUCAAAUAACCGUAUGAGCGAAUUGGAACGUCUUCAGCGCCAUUUAGAAGACAAAGUGGCUGAGUGUGCCUCACUCAAUAUGCAACUGCGGGAUAUUCCUGAAAAUAUCAUCUUAGAUUCUCCACAGUACGUUUCCCUUAAAACGCAGUUCAACAUUUUGUACAACGAAGCUAUUCAUCUCAGAAGUCAGCUGGAAGAAGCCAGAAAUACUAUUCAAAAUAAUAGACACAGUCAUUUAAAACAGAUAGAAGAAAUGGAGACGAAUGAAGCUGCCAUACAAAAUCAAAUGCGGUCCGAAAUGCUGCUAAUAGAAGGUCAGUAUUCCCAACUAAGGCAUAAGUAUGAAACUAUGGAACUUGAUUUUAAACAGGCCUUAACACACAAUGAACAAGCAGGUCCUAUUAGCUGUGAAAUGCGCAGUCUUAUUUCUACAUUACAAACACAAAAUAAACAACUAAAAGCCGAAGUUGCUCGAUAUCGUCGUAAAUGUGAAGAAGCUGUACAGGAACGUGAGCUGAUACGCACUGAUUUGAAAUGCACAGAGGACGAGUUGGCACAUGUUCGUACGGCACUUUCGGAGGCUACUGCGGCUGUUAUUGCUGCUAGCGAAAAGUCAGAGCGAUCGACACCAUCGACUCCACAAAGCUCAAAUCUGCCUCCAAGCACAACUGCUACGGGACCAGAUGUCGCUUCGCCGCCUCUUGAUGUGGAUGUAAAGUUAAAAGUACCAACUUCAACAAAGGUGGAAGAAGGCAACGAUAGUGGUAGUAAUUGUCAGAAACUUGAUUCCCCCAGUUCAUCCACUGUACAGACUGCUACUGUAGCUGCUUCUAACUCCAACAUUAAUCCGUCUACAACUGAUAAAGUUGUCAAAAUGGAAUGUUCUGAGUCUCGGUCGAAUGUUUCGUGCUCAUCACCCUCUAAUGAAGUUAUUCGUGAUUUAAAGGAACAGUUAAAGCGUUCGCAAGAAUCACAAAAAGAAAUGUCUGUUCUUCUGAACAUGUAUAAAGUUAUUCCUAAAGAUCAAAGAGAUAAAGCAGCACUUCUUCAGUGUGAAGCAAAACUUCGGGCUGAGCUUUCCGAUGCUAAGAGUGAAAUUGAUAAGCUUAACAAUACAAUUCGAGAACUGCAAACACAAGUGAAGAUACAGCAACAACGAAAGCAAUCGUUAACCUCUCCAGGCGAAACUUCAUUGAAAAUGUCUCCUGCCGAACGCGGUUCUACCAGCCUUGGAAAUAUUCCCCCAUCUCUUUCUAAACCGCCUAAACUUGGACUUACUUCACCAGAUGAAAAAAGCACAAAUUUGACAGGAUCACUGCAGUCUGGAAAACCUAAGGUUUCCGCUUCUGACUGGCAGAUAUCUGAACUACAAAUGGAACUAUAUUUGAUAAAACGUAAAAGUCAGAACACUGAAGAACAGUUAAAACUACAUCAGCAAAGACUUGCAGCAGCCAAGCAACAAGAAGAUGUAUUACUGAAGGAAAUGGAAAUAACUGUUCAAGCUUUUGAAGAUGCACAGGAACAGAAUGUUCGUCUUGUUAAAACAUUGAGAGAGAAAGACGAUGCUCAUUUGAAGUUGAUGGCAGAACGAAUGAAAGCUGCUCAGCUUGCACGUUUAUUAAAGGAAGACAAACAACUUUUAGAAGAACAGAUACGUCUUAUGCAGGCCAAAAUUGAGGCGCUCAACAGAGCUGUUCUUAAACAAGAGGAGAAAGAACGUUUAUUGUUAACUAAUCUGGCAACCUUAGAAAAAGAAGCAUCAGCUAGACAAAAGUCUCAAGAGGCCUAUAAACGUAAGGCCUUGGAAAGUCAACAAAUUUCUGAAGAUUUAAGAGUCACUGUACAAAAGUAUCAGAGUCAACUUAAAGAUGCUCAAACUACUGUUCAAGAAAAAGCUUCCGCCUAUGAACGUGUUUCUUUCGGUCAUCAACGUUUACAAGAAGAACUUGUUACUGUACGGCGAAAAUAUGAAAGGUUGCGCAAAAUUGAACAAUCGCAUAACGCUGAUGAAUUUCUGCUGGCUGAAAUACAAGAUUAUAAAGAACAACUGACUUGCCCAACAUGUAAAAUCAAUAGAAAAGAUGCAAUCUUGACAAAAUGCUUCCAUGUGUUCUGUUUGAAUUGUCUAAAAGUUCGUUAUGAAACACGUAAUCGAAAAUGUCCUAAAUGCAAUGCUACAUUUGGUGCUAAUGACUAUCAUCGCAUUUAUUUAACUUGAUGUGUAUUCAAGUCGAAUUGUAUAUCCUGUAUGUUCUGAAAACCACCACUUCAUUUGCAUGUGAUGUGUUCACUUCAGAAAUGUAUAUAGUUUAAAACAUACGAUAAUUUUACUCAGUUUUGUACAUACUUUUAUUUCUAAUUAAUAAAUAGCUUGAUUUGUAUAAAUUGUCAUACAGUCCUUUUGUUUAAUUAUACUUUUGUGUGCUAGUAGACCGUACGUAACUAUUUCAAGCCAAU